GCCGGGCCGGGGCCGCCGUCGCGGCCGCGGGGCAGAGCGGCCCGGCGGGCGGGGGCCAUGGCCAAGGCCUACGACCACCUCUUCAAGCUGCUGCUGAUCGGCGACAGCGGCGUGGGCAAGACCUGCCUCAUCAUCCGCUUCGCCGAGGACAACUUCACCAGCACCUACAUCUCCACCAUCGGGAUCGACUUCAAAAUCCGGACAGUGGAAAUUGAAGGGAAGAAGAUCAAACUGCAGGUCUGGGACACAGCAGGGCAGGAGAGGUUCAAAACCAUCACAACAGCCUACUACCGCGGAGCCAUGGGCAUCAUCCUUGUGUACGACAUCACGGACAAAAAGUCCUUCGAGAACAUCCAGAACUGGAUGAAGAGCAUCAAGGAGAACGCAUCAGCCGGGGUUGAGCGUCUCCUCAUCGGCAACAAGUGUGACAUGGAGAGCAAGCGAAAGGUGCAGCGGGAGGAUGCUGAGAAGCUGGCGAAGGAGUAUGGGAUCCGCUUCUUCGAGACCAGUGCCAAGUCCAGCAUGAAUGUGGAAGAGGCCUUCAACACCCUGGCGCGGGACAUCCUGCUGAAAACCUCCCGGAAAGCGGGUCAAAGCAACAAGCCCUCCCUGGACUUGGGCUCCCAGAAGAAGGGCAGCAGUAAAUGCUCCGUGGUGUAAGAGAAGGCACACUGCGGAGCAUGGUGCAACGGUCCCGGCCUCCCCUCCUCUCCACCAGCCUCCGCCUGCUGCAGGACAGCGCGGGCACCUCUCCCCGGAGCAGAGGCCGGGCACUGGGGCUGCACCAGGCCGGGGGACCUCACCGCGCCUGCCAGGGCGCAGAAUGUCCCGAGCCAGCCAGCCCGGGGUGGCAGUGGUGCUCGGUGCCGGGAGCAGGGCUGGGCGCUGCGCGGCCACCGCAUCUCGGUGCUAUAAAGCCCAGCUUGUGCCUUG